CCGACGGCCUCCGCUCCACUUCCUGCCUGCUGUAACUUUACUGUUCACAACACAACAAGGCAGCGAGCAGCUAGCGACGCCUCUCAGCUGAUGACCACAGAGCUUGCUGUGCUGUCAGGAGCGGCGGUGAGCUGACAAACAUACGUGCAAGACUUGUCAUGACACAACAGGAGCAGCAGGAGUUCAUGGAGAACCUUGAGGCAGCCCUCUCCUGGAUGCGGGCCAUCCAGGAGAGGCUGAAGGCCAACGAUAACACCCAGGGGCCCCGUGAUGCCCUGGAGGCCAGACUCAGGGAGACAGAGAAAAUACAUCAGUCCGAGCAUGAAGGUCGUGUGAAGAUGGACAUGGUGCUGGUGGCAGCAGAGAACCUUCUGCAAAGCGGAGAUGAAGAGCUGCGGAACCACACCCAUGCUAAGCUCAAAGACCUGAAAAGUCUGUGGGAGGAGACCUCCACCUAUAUCAUCCACUGUCACAGUCGCAUUGAGUGGGUAUGGCUACACUGGAGUGAGUAUCUGAAGGCCUACGAAGAGUUCGAGCUGUGGCUGACAAAGCAGCAGCGCAACCUGGAUGUUGGGGUGGAGCACCAAGUGGGAGUAAAAGAGAAGCAGUGGCAGGUGGACCAGCAGAGGGUGGUGGUGAGCGAUAUUCAUGGCCAGGCAGCACUGCUGGAGAGGCUGCUGGAUGAAGCAGCUGCUUUGCACAAUAGAACUCAGGACCCCAGUGUGGACCCCCAGGCCCAGGAGAGAAUGCAAGAGGCCUACAAUGAUGUCAGAGACAGAGCAGAGGAGCAUUUGUCAGUGCUUCAGAAGAUCGCUGAGGACCACCAGAUGUACCAAGGCUGCGUUCAGAGGUUCCAGUCCUGGCUGCUGUCAAAAACUAAGGAACUGACUGACCUGAUGGAGAGGGAGGACACACCUGAGGACAAACUCAAAGCCUUACAAGCUCUGGAUGACAGCGUGGCCUGUGAGGAGAAGACCCUGCAGCAUAUUGAAGGUGUGGCAGAAUCCGUCAGGGCCAACACCUCUCCUGCAGGGGCAGAGGUAGUGGUAGAGGAGGCUGAGGAGCUAAGACUGGGCUGGCAGAGGCUGAGGCAGGGCCUGUGUGAGGCAGAGGAGGGUCUGCGCGCAAGUCUGGAUUCCCACAGUCAGUACAUAGCCAGGUGCUUACGGCUGGGAGAAGACAUCAGCCGCCUCAGACUGCUGCUGCAGGGGUUAGACCAGGAACUAGAGCACACCCACAAAUCCAGGGACCACACUGACCAUACAGAGGAACAGAUUGUGGGCCAGUGGAGAAAGUACACGGGUGUGAGGAACACUCUAGCAGGGGAGGAAUCCCAAGUGGAACUUCUUAAGGCUCAGCUCAAGGAACUCUUCAGGUUCUCAGAGGACUCGCGCCACCUUUCUGAUGAUGUCCUAGCUGUUGUGAAAGAGCAUCAAAGUGUGAAAUGCCGAGCAACCAGACUAUGUUCAGAGUCAGAGUCGGGGCUGAGAAGCAUCCUUCAGGAUCCACUGCUGGUCUAUGCCCAGUGGAGCCACAUGGUUGCUCAAGUAUUGGAGACUUCUUCGGGGGUUACCGACUUCUCCCACAUAGCCAUGCUGGUCCAGAGUAUAGAGCGUCUGCUGAAGGACAGUGUCCAGCUGCAGGAACGUUUCAGUUUGCUGCAGGUGAAGGGGGACCUGCUGGACUCUGUGUUUGGGCUUGAUAGGUCUGAUGGUCUGCAGGGUGAACUGAGUGCUGCCAUCAGGAACAGAGAGCUGCUGCAUGCUCAGCUGCUGCAGAGGAAGAGCAGGCUACAGGGCUUAAUUUCAAGAACAAAGGACUUUGGUAACACCUACGAGUUGAUUCACUCCAAGCUGUCCAGUUUGAGAGACCGACUAGCGGCAGCUGAUGGCCUCCAGCCUGACAUCCUCGCCAAAAAAAGCCAGUCAGACCAAUUCAGGGUGAUCCAGAAGGACCUGGAGGACUGUGAAGGCCAUAUCGUGGUGCUAGAGACUCUGGUCUCCUCCAGUCCGAGCAACAGGACUCAGUUUGAGAAGCUCUGUGGUGAAUGGAAGCAUCUGCACAAGGCAGUUAGGGUGAAAGUGAAUGAGAGUGAGGAGAAUAUCACAGAACAUGAGAGUUUCCAUGAAAGCCUGCUAAACAUAGAGAAGUGGCUGAUGAUCAUGAAGCAGAAGCUGGAGUCCUUCCACAGCCCCUCAGGAGAAUGGAGCAUAGAGGGCCGCCAACAUGAAGCCGAGAGAGUACUAGGAGAGUUCCCAGGGAAGGACCUUCAGCUGCAGCAGACGGAGGUCCAGGGUCAGGGAGUUUUGGAGAGGACUUCAGGGGAGGGACAGGUCCAUAUUCUUCGAGACAUAAAGCGAUUAAAAGACUCCUGGCUGGCCCUGUACAAUAUGAGUCUCAAUCUUCACAGGCUGCUCAACAGCUCCAUAGAGCACACAGAGUCUGACUUACCAACAGUGUGUGGAGUCUCGUCUAGCUCGGGGCCUGCAAGAGGAGAAAGCCUGGAGGGACAGGCAGGGGAGGGUGCAUGGAUCCAGGCCCAUGGUGAAGGUCACACCAUACUGGCCGGAAAAGGCCAUGAGCUUCUCAUUCCUUCAUGGACAGUCAUGGACAGUGGUCACUCUCAUGAAGUAGAUUCCUCUGCUUGGAGCAUUCAUAGCAAAGCAGAUAGCCAUGGAACUUCCAAAGGCUCUUUUAGUGGAAGCCCUGGCACUGAUAAGUUAACAGGAGGUGAUGCUAGCGUCUUGGGUGGAGACAAAAGGCAAGCAGUAUCAUCCCUACAGGCCAGCUAUGGUGAGGGAGCAAGAACGAGCUCUGGAGAAGGUGGCACAGAAGCAGCAGAAGGCCUAAGCUCGGGAGGAGGAGCAUUCAUGCUGUUCAAGAAGGACUCAGCCGAGAUGUCGUCAACAACACCAGUUCAAUACACCAUGGGAAGCAAAGGACACAACAAAUCCAGGAGGUGGGAGUUUGAGUCCUGGCUGUCACAACAAAACGAACUUCUCUCGGGGGUCCUCAGCUCCAAGGAAGCAGCACUCAGUGCCAAAGAGGUCAAGACUAGACAAGACACACUCAAGGCUUUGAGAACCGGAGUGUGCUUUGGUCAGGAACAGUUUCAACUGUUGCUCCAGGAGAGUCAGGGCAGUGAAGAUGGUUCUGGACCAGCAGAAGAUGUGGGUCUGGAGGAACUUCGCUACCGCUGGAUGCUCUACAAGUCCAAAUUGAAGGAUGAGGGAGAACUUAGGGCCAGGACCAGUGCCAAGAGAGUCUCAGGCAAACAAGAGUCUCCAGCUGUGGCAGCAAAGGUACAAAAGAAGCCUGGAUUGCUGCAGCGGGUUUGUCGACUGGCUCUUCCUCUGUGGCUCCUCCUCCUCGCUCUGCUGCUCCUAGCCUUCCUGCUGCCCCUCAUGGAAGAAGGAAACAGCUGCUCCCUCUCCAACAAUUUUGCCCGGUCCUUCAACAUCAUGCUCCGUUAUGAUGGACCACCACCCACAUAGGAAACUUCCUGUGACCUAAAGUCACAUUUGAAUUGUCUCCAAAUAGCAGCAUGUGUCUCUGUGAUGGCCCAUGACUUAUGUAGGAAAUGUUGACUUGAACACUUAAAAUGCCACAUUCCCCUGUGCGAGACCACAUAACUUUCAGUUAAGUCUAAAGUUGGUGCAGUUUUGAAGUCUGUGUUCCAUCUUAUACUCCUUUUAAAAACUACUCAUGUCACUCUCUCAUAGCUUUGCUAAUAGCACAGGUCAAUGACAUAUUCCUUCCUCCUUUAAUAUCAUCUCUAUUAAGAUGGACUUACCGUUACGUAGAGCACCAAUCAUGAUCUGUUGUCUGUGUGUCAGACAACCCUUUAACAAGGAUCAACAAGACAACAAGACUACAGAUGUCAAAGCUUAUUCUAAAAGUUUCCAAAUAUAGCAACAUGUGGCCAUAGAAGGUUCAAUGUACUACAAUUGUAAUUUUCAUACGUCAUUGCCAUUAUGACCUUUUUAAAAAUGUGUCCAGACAAAUGUUUUGUUAUUUCAAUGAUCACCAACGGACUCCAAACUUUAUCAUCAGUGCCAGCUUACAGAGGCUUCAAUGGCAAUGUAUUGCAGCAUAUUAUAGGUUCUUGUCUGUGUAGAUUCUCAGUCAUCCAGGUCAUGGUGUUCGUAGGAGCAUCAGUAGAACUGGACAUCUCUUGUAGCUUCUUGAAGACAUUUCACUUUCAUCCAAAAGGUUUCUUCAGGUCUAACUCACAGAUGGUGAGUUUCUGAAUAUAUUGAAGGAGUGGUUUCACAACAGUUCACACCUUGAGACAUGAGUUCUGGUCGUUAAUAGGCCAUUAGCCAUGUGAGUUGGAGUGACCACAAACUCUGAAACUCUCCAAUCAAUCGGUUAGAACUGAAGAAGCCUCUUAAGGCGCUUUUCCACUAGCAUCUACUCGGCUCCACUCAGCUCGACUGGACUCCACUGGACUCAGCUCGAUUUAGGUCAUGUUCCAUUACAAUUGAGUACCACCUCAUUGUGAGUGGAGUUAUCAUAGAACGGCGGCCCGGCCACGGAGUUACCGUUGAUGGCUAACUAGCUAGCUCAUUGUCUGCAUACAGAAGACAACGACGUUACUUUCAAAAUAUACUUUUUUGUUUAAAGUGAGCUUGCCGCCAAUGGGAUAAGUAAUGUAAAAGUUUUUUGAAUUCACAAAACACUCACCGGUUUUCAUGAAGGAGUCGCUCUCGUGUGUUGUCACUCCCUGUCCAAUCACGGCCUUAUCGACUUGACUCAGCUCGCUUGGAGCCGCGGCCAAGUAGGUACUGAAAAAGUACCUGGUACCAGGUAAUACGUCCUAAUGGAAAACCUCACCGAGUAGAGUCGAGCCGAGUAGGUGCUAGUGGAAAAGCGCCGUUAGAUGAGAGGUGAAAUGGCUACAGAAACCUACAAGAGAAGUCCAGUUAAUUUCUACUGAAACUUCUACAAUUCUAGGUUCUUGUCACACAUUUUUUUCUUGUAUUUGUUUCACAUUAUAACAAGUUUUUUUGUUUAUCAAAUAUGUCAAUGAUACAAUGUAUGUUAAAAAUGUGAAAUAAUAUAUCAACUUAUUUAGCUUUAAUAAGGAACUUUUGUUACUCAGCAUAUCACUUUAUUUAAACUAUCACAUAUUAUGACAAAUUCAAUGAAUCUCAUUAAAGCAAUAAACUCCCUUUAUUAUGGCA